GACUUCGAGACCGUCUGGCAUAGCCUUUGUCCCGACUUGAGAGACACCGCUACACUCGACACAAAGCCAUCGGACCGGAAUUGGGCCUGGUGUAGCCACCGGACUACUGCCUCGUCGUGAACACCACGAAGGUGCUUAGGACCUUUGAGGAACCCUUCGACACUUAGGGCAGUGACUUACGCUAAGCGAGUAUGCGCACGCCGGUGGUGGUUUACCUCCUCUCGACUGUUGCCUUCGCGGUGUCCGAGGAUGCCUGGCGCUACAUGAUCCCGGACGAGACGGACGCAUUUUCCGACAAGAUGAUCCAGUACAUAAACUACCUCAACACUACGUGGAAGGCUGGCCGCAAUCCUGGCUUCGAAGAUCCCGCAUACGUGUGUAGGCUUCUUGGAGUACACCCGGAGAACCAGAGGUACCGGCUUCCCGAACGGAGGCUGCACCUCAGUUCUCUCGGUCCCUUGCCGGAGAACUUCGAUUCUCGAGAAAACUGGCCCGAGUGCACCACCAUUGGUGAGAUUCGGGACCAAGGUUCCUGUGGGUCAUGCUGGGUCAGUACUCUUCGGUGCACGUUUAGCCUGCCAUUUACUGCACCUGCCUCUUUUCCCAAGGAACGUAGCACGUAUCUGCACAUUGCAAAGACUAGGCUAAUAUAUGAUGGUUUCGCCGGAGAUUUUAUUCCG